GAGAUCUCUUCGAUAUCAGUUAAAUAUAUCAUUUGGCUACUCGACCAUGUAGCACUUGCAUUAACAUAAGAAACAUUUGUUGUUUAUUGUCCAGGGUGAAAUAACAGUAUACAAUGUGGUGUGUGUUUGAUGUUGCGCUGCUUACAUUCAUUACUGCGUCCCAUGGAAUCCAAGUGCUGGUGGUUAGCAAUAAAGGCGUCAGCGUUUACAACACGACCUCUGGAGAACAAACCUCCUUGAUGAUGGAGAACGAGCAGAUGAUGAAGGAGGUAGAUUAUCACUACGCCAGAAAAGAAGUGUUCGCCCUCACAAAGCGGCAGAUAAUAAGGUGCCCUCUGACUAUGACCUCCUCUUACGAAUACCGGCCGGUGGUAUACAGUGAGGACGAGUACAGUUUCAUGUCCAUGGCCGUGGACUGGGUGCACGACACACUCUACUGGACUGCCGGCCCCGUAUUCAUGAUUCACAGGUCUGCCAUUGACGGCUCCGAUCAUACCGUCAUCUUCCGCGGCUACUACAUCGAGACCUACCACAAGAAGAUGCUGAUAGACCCUCAUGCUGGGUUACUUAUAUGGGCAACUGCCAGUCAGAUUUAUUCCACCAACUUGGACGGCAAAAACAUUAAGAAAAUUGACUUCCCAGAAGUCUUGGGUAAUGUGAAAAGCCGAGUUAAAAACCUGGCUCUGGACGUGACGAGACGCAGGCUGUACUUCUUGGCGGGUUUCGAGGACGACGACGUGUGGCUGAUGAUGUCUGGAAACUACGACGGCUCAGGUUUCCGAAGACACGAUCCUGUGCCCAGGUAUACCUACGCCAUAGCAGCCAUGGGUGACGACCUCUACUGGAUCGCCAAGGAGGUUAUGGAGACUACUUACUCGCCAAGGGGCUUCAAGAAACAUCACACGUUGGCUCUGUACAAGGCCUCCGUCCAGGCACCCGGGACCUCCGAACGAGUCUUAGAUCUUCACACAGGGGCUGUGUGGAACAUGAAAAUUUGUGAUCCAGAAUUCCAAAGAACAUCCAGUAAUAUCACUUCAAGAUCAGCCUGAACAAAAGAGAAAACAACAUUAUACAAAGGCAAAUUAUUCGAAAAUUGCGUAGUAUCUUAAACAUUGAUUGUGUUUUACAGAAGAUUUUUAUAUUAAAUUUACAGCCAGAUGGUAUUUUUA